CGCGAGCACCCGCUAGCCGGUAGGGAACGGCUCGGCGCGGAGCGGCUCGGCUCGGCACGGCACAGCCGGCCCAGGAUGGCGGAGGGCAGCCCCACAUCGCUCCUGCACCUCUCCAUCACCCGCUGGAUAGCCGAUAAUUUCUAUUUGUGUGAAGGAUGCACCAUACCCCGUUGGCUGCUAUAUGAAAUGUAUAUAGAAAACUUCAGUUCAAAUGACAACGACAAAGUAAAUUCAGCCACCUUUGGAAAGCUUAUCCGGUUAGUUUUCCCAGGUCUGGGGACAAGAAGGCUGGGCACCAGAGGCUGUGCCAGGUAUCAUUAUGAUGGAAUAGCUAUCAAGAAGGACUCUUCCUUUUAUGGACGUUAUUGCUUUCUUCUGUCUCAAAAAAAUUAUCGCAGGCAGUGCUCUCCAGGGAAGGGCGUUUCUACGUGGCAGCCGAGCACCCCGAUGGGCACCGGUGCAGACGCCUGCAGUUCUGGAGAUGCAGCUGGUUAUGAGAGCAACAGCAAAAGAAAAGGAACAGAUUUGCACUGUUUUCCAUCGGUCACUUAUCUGAACACUGAAGAAGACAGACUUGCAUACGUUUUGCCUGAAUUUGGGAUAGCCUGUCCUUGGGAGCAAGAUUUAGUGAACAAAUACCCCUAUGAAAUGGUCAUACAGAUUGCAAAUGAGUACAAUAGCCACUGCCAAGACAUUUUACAGGUUGUGAAAAUGCAAGAGCUUGACAAGGUGGAAGACUGUAUCACAUCAUUCUGGAAGUCGCUACAGCCCGAAAAAAUAGCAUUUAUAUGCUUGCCAGAUAUAUGCCAGCUGUUCAAGUGCUAUGACAGAUAUCUAUUCAAGGAAAUGGAUAACAUUCUCCUUGGUGACUUCCUGGAGGAGGUGUCUGUCCAAUAUCUGAAGUCAAUCAGAAUGUUCAGUAAAAAUGUUAAACUCUGGCUGCUUAAUGCUUUGGAAGAGCUUCCAAUGCCACUCCAAACAUCCAAAUCUAAAGAAGUUACAGUGUUUAUAAAAAGACUCAGGAGAAAGACAGAUCUUUCUAAUAUGGCCAAGACAAUGAGAAUAGUCUUGAACAACAACAGCAAAGUCACUGUUCUGAUCUCGGACUUGAAUGCUGUCAUCGGUCAGGGAUUACUGGAUGUGCCUGGAAACCUCUUUCAAAAGAAGUAUGGAAAUCCAGAUGAACUGCAGAACAACACGGAAAUCAAAUGUUUGAACGACCUAUUAUCUUCGCUGGCACAUUCGACAGAUAUUCGAGUUCUCCUAAGCUGUGUAUCUUCGAAUCUUCAGGCUUUUGUCAUUCAGCCAAGUAGGAAUAAACAGGAGUUUAGAAAACUGGCAGCUGAUUUCCAGUUGAGAUGGAACUUCCUACUGAGUGCAGUAGGCAAGGCAAUGACACUCAACUAUGCAGACAGUUUUGGAUCCUGGCAUUUGCUUAAUUUGCUACUCUUGGAUUAUGUUGCUCACGUCUUCCAGUCCUAUAUAGAGGAGGAGGAGGAGGAGGGAGAUGAAAGUUUCUGUGUCACACAGCAAAGCGACCAGCCUGUUCUGUGGGUUUAUGAGCCCAGCUACUUUGGGGGCUAUUUCACCGAGGAGGAACCUCAAGCCAAAGCUCCUCAGUCAACUCUCAUAAGUUUGAUGCUGAACCAGAGUGACAUCAGAUUAAGCAACGUAUACUCAGAGUUCUGAGUUGUUUGGGGGAGAAAGCCACAGAAAUCAAGCUCACCCAGGUCAUUUGGAAGACAAAACAGUUAAAACUUCCAUUCAGUCGGAUCUUCUGGUCAGAAGAAAAGCACUACUUACUCAAAGAGAUGGACAGAAUUUUUCUUUUCAUUUUUGUAUCCCACUUCCAGUUAAUUUUCAGAGAAAAUCAGCCUGAC